AUGUUUCCACUCCAACUCGCCAUCUCAAAGUUUCUACAGAAAGGUUGGCCAGACAUUGCAUUCUUAGUUGGCCAUCACAGUCUAUAUCAACUUCCAGUUUCUGUUUUUAAUGUAGAUACUGGAACACUUGAAAAAGACUAUACAACAACUGAUCUCUAUUCUAUUGUAGAUCAGAUAUCUCUUGAUUUCAAUAUCGAAAAAGACAGAAUUGUUAACUAUUUUAGUCGUACAAAGUAUGCUUCAUUAUCAAAGCAAGUUUUCUAUAGGAUUGAUUUUGGCUUACAACAGAUUGCAAGAGGUGUAGGUCUUUCAGCUACUGUAAUGAAAGUUGUAAAAGCAAAUGGUAUUUAUACCGUCAAUUGUCGAUAUGUUGGUGUUGAAGGAUUACUUCAACCAGCUAAGUUUGCUAGACCGGGAGAUUUAGUUCCAAAUACAGAUGCGAGAAUUAUCGUGCCAGAUUACCAACCUCUAACCUCCGAACAAAUUAUCCAGGUUUAUAAUAUGCUGUACAAAAAGAUUGAAGAUCAGUUCAAUGCUUACAAGGCCAUAUAA